CUAGCAGAGUCUCGUUGUUACAUGAGUUGAUAGCAGUGCGGGUAUUGUUGCUGUCUUAUCGAAGUCAGAUAUUUAGUCUUUUACUUACGUUUUAAUUUACUUUUUCAAUAUGCCACUUGCAAAACUGUGCGCGAAAAAACUUUCAAGCCCUUUAAUGAAAUUAUGUUACCCUAAUUUGAACGGAAAAUUGCCCUUUAGUAAUUUAUCUAAUAUCUUAGACAAUUCUUCUUUAAAAUUUCAUAGCUGCAAUCCUCAUAUUACCUGCAGAGGGCUUAGCACAGUUGCACUACGUCCACAGACUAUAACAAAAGAUGAUAAGAGAGAUUUUAUGGCUGUAUUUCCAGACAUUGUUCGGGAUUUGACACAACUGAAUCCUGGAAUAUCAGAUCUCAGUACUUUAAUUUCUAAGAUUAUGCAAUAUAAUGUAUCAGGAGGAAAGAAAGUAAGAGGGCUGACUGUUGUUUAUAGUUAUCGCAUGCUUGCUCCUGACCAUGCUUUAACACCAGAAAACAUCAGGCUGGCCCAGAUUUUAGGGUGGUGCGUUGAAAUGCUCCAAGGAUUUUUCUUAGUUAUUGAUGAUCUUGCUGAUCAGUCUAUAACUAGAAGGGGAAGACCCUGUUGGUAUAGAAAUCCUGAUGUUGGACUUCGUGCUGGUUCUGAUGCUCUUCUUAUACAGUCAGGAACUUUUCAACUGCUUCAACAACAUUGCAAAGAUAGAGAGUUCUAUAUUGAUCUUGUUGAGUUAUUUUUGGAUGCUGUAAGGCGUACUACCUAUGGACAAACAUUAGAUCAUGUUUCUUCAUUUCCUAACAUCACUCACUUAACAAUGGAUAGGUAUAACUUUAUCACAAAAUAUAAAACAUCGUACUACACUUUCCAUUUGCCAGUAGCCACUGCAAUGUAUAUGGCUGGUAUUUACAAUACUGAAUUGCAUCGUCAAGCUAAAAGUGUUUUACUUGAAAUGGGACAUUACUUUCAAGUUCAGGAUGACUAUCUUGAUGUGUUUGGUGAUGAAGAAGUUAUCGGAAAGAUAGGUACUGAUAUUCAGGAAGGGAAGUGCACAUGGCUAGCUAUUGUUGCAUUUCAAAGAGCUUCACCAUCUCAGAGAGAAAUUUUAGAGUCCUGCUAUGGAAGUAAAGACCCAGAAAAAAUUAAAAAAGUGAAGGAUACUUUUAUAGAAAUUGGUGUUCCUGCAGUUUUUCAUGCUUAUGAAGAAGAAACAUAUAAUUUGAUCACAAGACAAAUACAACAAUUAAGUCAAGGCCUGCCUCAUGAAUUAUUUCUUACAUUAUUACAUAAAACAUAUGGCAGAAAGCAGUAAAAUGUAUAAUCUAUACUGAUGUGUUUUAUGCAGUAUGGUAACCUGCAAAAUAGCUACCGUUUUAAAAAAUUUAGGAAUAUUGAACAUAGUAUGUAGUAAACUUAUAUUAAAAUAAUUUUUGUUGUUAACAUUUAUUUUCCAUUUAAUUUUCAAUGUAUAAUUAUAUCCUUCAUAAACACCUAAAAGUUAUUCGUUCAUACAAUUUUUUUGCAUGAGCUAUAAUCCAGAAUCUUAACAUUUAUUUAUAAAUAUAUAUACCUGCAUAUUGAUAACAUAUUGCAUAAUGUUAUAUUUGUAUACACCUAUAUAAUGUAUUUUCAUAUAAAUAUUGUGUACCAAGGUGUACCAAAUGUAAAAUAUAAAAUUAUUCGAGUCUAAUUUGAAUUUGUUACCAGUAAAGAACACCUAUUAGGUAUUGUAAAAAAAAAAAAGAAAAAGAAAAAAGCUUUUGAAUUCUUCCAACCUAUAUUAUAGGUAUAAGAUUGGUAAUUUUACUGGUUGUUUAAAAAGAAAAGGGUAAAGGUCAUUAUUAUAAUUAUAAUUUUUUGUAAUGUCAUACUAUUUUACAUUGUUCAAAAAACAGUUUUGUCAUAAUACUUGAAGUAUGCAUUAUUGGAAACAUAUUCAAGUGAUUAAGUAAAAU